AUGUAUCAUUCAAACCCCCGGGCUGAUGGCGCGCUGUCCUCCCCGGAGCCGGAGCGAGCCGCCGGGCUGACGGAGGGCCAGAGGAAGAGGAAGAGGACCAUCUUCAGCCGAGCCCAGCUGUCCGAGCUGGAGCAGGCCUUCGCUGUGACCCCUUACCCCGACAUCACCCUGAGAGAGAGGCUGGCCGCACACACACACCUGCCCGAGAGCAAGAUACAGGUUUGGUUCCAGAACAGAAGAGCCAGAAGCAUCAAGACUGGGAGGUUCCCCAAGUCCUCCAAGUCGGUCCUGGCAGCUGGAGGUGUUGUGGAUCCGUCUCCUGGGCCGGUCAGCUCCACUUUCCUCACCCCCACGGCCCUGGCAGACAUUUUCAGACCUGAGCAGUCCCACACCUGUGAAGAAGUCCCACAGGUGUUCUCAGACUGGAUCCAAAUCUACAGCAACCCCAUUUCAUCACCUCCGCCCCCCGCCUCGUCAUCUCUCCAUCAGCAGCCCCCUGAGCCUCGUCUGUGGGAGGAGGACCACUACCACCACCUCCACCACCAUCAGACCCUAGGACAAGCUGUUCCCGGUUUCCUCCCCCAGCCGGGCACCAGGCAGCCCCACCAUGCCGCCUCGGCCCGAUCCUCCUAUCAGGCCUUCAGGAACUUCAAACCCCAGACUGUAGCAGCGCCAGGGGCUCAUCAGGCCUUGUACAGAGGCGGACCUGGCAGCGGAGGUCACACGUCUGUAGACCAGGUGGUCCCGUCUCACCCUCAGCAGGUGUACUGGGAGGUGACUCAAGGACAAGGACACAGCCACCCACACCACCCACAGAUGGGACCACAGACCUCCAUGGGCUACAUCUCAGACCUGAUCUACAACGCCGCCAUCGUCACCAACUUCCUGGAAUUCUAAUGAGUCCGGACUUGGAGCGAUACGAGCACAAAUGUUACUGUUAAUAAUGAAAACCAAACUUUUCCCUUUGCAACGACUUCUGUGUCCAAAUGUGUCGUGUGUCUAGAGCUGACUCUUCCUGAGACCUCCAAGACUUGUUCUUGUAGAUUUUUGUCAUCUUGUGUUUUACUGCUGUAUGAUCCAGCAUGGGCGUCAUA